GCAAUCAGUUUUUUCUGGAACCUCCUACUAAUAGAUGCUUAUUCUUAAUUGGUUCUCAACUUCAAGUUUGCUUCGAACCGUGUCAUCCUCGCUUUUCGUUUCUCGGAAACUUCUUGUAGUCGUCUUAGUUGACUAGCGUCAAAAGCGAGGCUAGAACUCGACUUGCUUCCCCGGAACUUCUUACUGAAAACUGAUUACUUAUAGCUCAGAGCACUCUGGUUCAAUCAUCUUGCUCGGCACUUCUCUCGAUCUUUCUUCUUCACUUUGUUCCUCUACUCGCAGUCCGCCGCCCGCCCUGUUCUCUUGAGCUCUCUUUCGCCAUCUGCUUUUGGAAAAGAAAGACAUUCGUACACUUUCAUUGUUUCGCUGCACUAACUCUAGGCUGAGGUAGUACAGUCCAAGGUUGGUGAACAUGUUGGAGAAGAUGGAAGGAAUCGACCUCAACAGAGUAAUAGAAGAAUUCGAGGCGAUGACCAGAGACGCCGGGAGAGUCCAGAAAGAGACCUUGAAGAGGAUCCUAGACGAAAACGGCAACUGUGAGUAUUUGCUGAAUCUAGGUCUUGAUGGCAGAACAGACCUCGAGAGCUUCAGGGCUUGUUGCCCCAUUAUUACUCACAAGGACUUGGAGUAUUACAUACAGAGAAUUGCUGAUGGCGACUCUAUCCCUAUACUCACAGGAAGACCCAUUACAACUAUUUCAUUAAGUUCUGGUACUACACAAGGAAAGCCGAAAUACGUCCCCUUCAAUGACGAGUUGCUCGAUACUACCAUGCAGAUUUUUCAGACUUCUUUUGCCUUUAGAAACAGGGACUACCCAAUCGAAGGUGGGAAGGCCUUGCAGUUCAUAUAUAGCAGCAAGCAAUUCAAAACAAAAGGUGGUCUUGCUGCGGGCACUGCUACCACCAACCUGUUCCGUAGCUCGCAAUACAAAAGUACAAUGAAGGCAAUGCAAUCACAGAGUUGCAGCCCUGACGAAGUGAUAUUUGGUCCCAAUUUCCACGAAUCCCUGUACUGUCAUCUCUUGUGCGGGCUUCUUUAUCGUGAAGAGGUACAAUUUGUGUCGUCCACGUUUGCUCACAGCAUCGUCCAUGCAUUUCGAACAUUUGAGCUAGUUUGGGAGGAACUAUGCCACGUGAUACGUUGUGGGGAGCUCACCAGCAGAAUUACCGCUCCGUGCAUCCAGGCAGCUAUGUCGAAGUUGCUCAAGGCGGACCCGGCCUUGGCUGAUCUGAUACACAAGAAGUGCUCGGGAUUGAUUAACUGGUAUGGAUUGAUACCGGAGCUUUUCCCAAAUGCUAAGUACAUCUAUGGGAUCAUGACGGGAUCAAUGGAGCCUUACUUGAAAAAGUUGAGGCACUAUGCAGGGGGACUACCUCUGUUAAGUGCUGACUAUGGUGCAUCUGAAGGGUGGAUCGGGGCAAAUGUUAAUCCAGAGUUACCUCCUGAAUUGGCUACUUUUGCCGUUCUCCCUAAUAUUGGAUAUUUCGAAUUUAUCCCCUUAAAAGAGUGUACUGAUAUGCUUGAGCCGAAGCCGGUGGGUCUAACUGAAGUGAAGGUUGGUCAAGAGUAUGAGAUACUCAUUACCAACUCUGCAGGAUUUUACAGAUAUAGGCUCGGAGACGUAGUGAAGGUGGUGGGCUUUCACAACUCGACCCCGGAACUCCAAUUCAUAUGCAGGGGAAAUCUCUUGCUCACCAUCAAUAUCGACAAGAACACAGAGAAGGACUUGCAGCUUGCGGUUGAAGCAGCGGCCAAUCUGCUGGCGGAAGAUAAACGCGAACUCGUGGAUUUCACCAGCCACGUCGAUCUAUCGAAGGAACCUGGCCACUAUGUGAUAUUCUGGGAAAUUAAUGGAGAAGCAAGCGACGACAGGUUAAAGGAAUGUUGCAAUUGCUUGGACCGGUCAUUUGUUGAUGCGGGCUAUGUUAGUUCGCGCAAGGUCGAGUUGAUAGCGCCGCUUGAGCUGAGAGUCCUGAGGAGGGGGACCUUCCAAAAAAUCCUGGACCAUUUCUUAGAACUAGGAGCUGCUGUCAGCCAAUUCAAAACCCCAAGAUGCGUAGGGCCUUCGAACGAUGCUGUCCUGCAGAUCUUGUCUGGAAAUGUUGUCAAGAGCUACUUUAGUUCCGCUUUUUAAUUAAGCGAAAUCCUUAAGAUUUGAUCUCAUUUUUUAGUUCUGGAUUUAUCCGAAUCUGUAUAUGGCAUCAGUUGUUAUGUGAUUCUCCUUCCCAAAUGCAAGUCCUAAUCAUAAUGAAUGCAUCUGAAUUUUUCAAA